UUAUAAAAAAAAAAAAAAAUCAAUCAAUCUAAAAAAAAACAAAAAAACUUUUGGUAUAAAGAUCACGUUGUAGUAAAAGUGUGGGAGGGCAACUCACAACCAUACGUGCAUUUUAACAAGCUGACGAAGUCGGGAACAAAAAGUCAUCUGACAUUUUGUGGUGAUGCUCAUCCGAGCGUUACUGAAUAACAAGGAAGAAAUAGUGUCAGCGAUUGAUGCUGUUGAAAGGGAGUUCCAAGAAGAACGCGAGAUGCUCGCCCUUGCUGCUCCAGAUGAACUGGAAGAAACACAAUUGAUCCAAAGAGCACCGCUGAACAUCUCACGGCGGUUUCAGCCGUAUGGAUCUGGAGGGAACUUUCAAGAAGAGCAGGAACAAGGAGUUCCAAUCAACAAAGUGGCUCUGGGGCUGGGGCAGGACGAGGAGGAGCUCCCAGUAACAACAACUUACUGGGACAAGGACGAGGAGUUCCAUUUGGAAGAGGGCGAGGAUUAUUCCUCGCACUUCAACAUCAACAGCAGCA